AUGGUGGUCAACACGGAGAUUCUACUUCGAGCUUGGAGAGGAAGAUGGACUCCAUUACAGUGGCUAGUAGAAGUGAAAAAGCUGGCUGGGAAAGAUAACGAAGAACUUCAGGACCUAGCAGGUAAUUUUUUGUUUAUGCUAAAUAUUGAUGAAGCAAGCAGGGGAAACGUCUGUCAUGACGCCCCGUUUUGAUCGAAACUGAAAAUUAUUGCAAUAUGAUGCUAUGUGAUUAAACUUUCAGUACUCGUUUUAUUCUUAAGAUAUCGAUAUAACUUUCUCCUCCACCCAAUUUUAUCGUUACUGGUGUGAAUACGGUAAUUACAUGCGAAAAUAGCCAUUGGCUGGUCAUUUGAAUUUCAAAGUUCAUGUUAUAAAGAUGUAAAAUUUGAUGCGGAUGUUGUUGUAAGGUGACAACAUUUCGCUGAUUAAGUUCCUGUUUCUCGAAACUUGUUUGCUCGAUAGUCUAUUGAAGCGUUAUUGAGAUUUUUCCUAAUAAUUACUCAUGAAACUUAUUUAUUUUGAUGUUAAUUUUUAAUUUUUGUUUUUAUUUUGCCAUGAUUGUCCAGAAUGCCUUGUUCAACAAGCUACAUUUGGCAGUACACCAAGCACGUUGAUAUUAUCUUAUCUUAAUCAUGGGAUUUCCACUAAGGUAUGUGGUACAGAAAUCACUGCUACCAAGUACUCAGAAUACACACAUAAUGAGUAUUUUUUCUCCUAGGUCAUUUCAUGCUCAUCAGCCUUAACAGCGGUUCAUCAGGUAUGUUUAUGAGCUGAUGUAAAAAUUCAGGUGUAAAAGUGACAUAAAAAAGCACUAAAUUUUAAGCAAGCUGAAAAAAUGAAUGUUAUUCCCCUGUAUAAUCUAGUUCCUUUAAAAGAUCAAUUUCUUCUUGGUAGCAACAUACAUAUAAAUGUCUGACUAUCUUGAAUCAUAUCAGUUCCCACUCUCAUGCCACUUUGUCCAUUGUGGUUCAUUGUAUUUCAUUGAUUGAAUACUCAAAUAUUUAGUUGUAAGGUUCAUUGACAAUUUCCUUUAGUGAUGUAAAUUUUUGUUAAUUAUUGCUUAUGUUUGACUUUAGUUUCAGAAUAUUAUUAAACACAAGUGCUUAUCAGCUCUACUUGAUCUCCUGCUUGGUUUCAUUCCAACCAUAAGGUGAUUAUUGUUAUUGAUAAAUAAAAAUCAGUAUAAGUAUUACUAGAUUAACUUCUAGAGUUACCAAUUUUUAUAGUCCUGUUUGGAAGAGGAACUAUAAAUUAAUUAUUUUCAAUCUGUCAUAUAUCCAUUUAUUUUGUUUACCUGCUCAAUAAUAAAGCAAUGUUUUUUUGAAAGGUUUAGUUUUCUGGCAAAUCUUCCCUUCCCUUCUUAGUUUCUUAAGUUAUGAAUACAGCAUGUUAAUGCUAAAGCUGUGACCUUGAAAAUAAAUUGUUUCUGAUAUUAAACUCUGAUAAUUUCUGAGCUGAAUAAAAUGUAAGCUUUUUCGACGAUUUGAGAAUUCACUUUGGUAAGAAACCAAACUUCCUGUCAACUUUGAUUCCUUCCUUUGAUUUUUAAUCAUGAACUGAUGAAACCACAAAAGUAAGAUAAAAUGUUGAUUUUCAAAAUAUGGAAGCGCUAGAUUUCCUUUCUUUUCAAAGUGGUCCAGACAGUGAUGAGGAAUGUCUGCAGCUAGCAGUUUCUUUCAUCAAAAUCUUGUAUUGGCUUCUUAUUGUUUCUACAAGGCUGCUCAAGUUGUGUAUAGAGGUUUGUAAAUUAUAUCUUUGCACUCCAUAUUUGAAACAUCACUGGUGAAGGUGCUAGUCUGACUAGUCUGACUAGUACCUAAGAUAUUUAUAAUACAUAUAUAUGCAACAGUGAUAGAGAGGGGUUUACUGUCAGUUGAUACAUGUAGUUAUGUCCUUUGUGAUGUUUGGAUAAUAUAUACAGUAUUUCCUUGAUUUGGGAACUAAACAUUGAUAACACUGCCUUUGUUAAUAUAAAACUUGUCUUUGAAAAAGGGGUCACUUAUUUAUUGUAUAACCAUCACUUCAUCUACUCAGGUGAAAUGCUGCAUGUAUUAUUCAUUACAAAUUUCUCAAAGUUGCACAUAAUGUCAGGAAAAACUGGCUUUAGUUCUAUCAGAAGUCAUUAUAUGUAUAGAUCAUAAGUAAACUUUGUUAGAAGAAGAAUGAUAAUCUUUUUUCGUUUAACUCACAUACUCUGUGUGAUACUACCCUUUCUGCAUUUUUCAAUAAUGCAGUCAAUACGUCUGUCUGGAGGUAUCAAUCUCCUGUUUCACUUGGCUAAUAUUGGAAAAUGCCACCGAGCCUUUGGACAGCUCAUAGGUUCGUCAUCUUACAGAGCUAUGGUUAUUGUUGGAAAGAUGGAGGAUCAAGGUAAGAAUAAAUAAUUUUCUCCUGAUUUACAUGUCAAUGAGAAUUAUUUCUAAUUUCUCGUAACAUGAGAUUAGAAAUUGUGGUGAAGGACAGGCAGAUCCCCCAGGUAUAAUGGCUUAAGUGAGAGUGA